CAUAAAGUAAAUAUGGCGUCGUCACUUUCUGAAGAAGAAUUCAUUAGAAUUCAGACUCAGCUGUUGGAGUUACGGACCACAAACUACAAUCUAUCUGAUGAAAAUUCCAAAGCAAAACGAGAAAUAGACAGGCUCUUGGCAGAUGUUGAGCGACUUGAUAGAGAUUUAGAAAAAGCUAAUCGGGCAGUGCAAAAAAGCAAGAAAGCGCGAGAGUUUGAGAUGUUAAUAAAUGAGAAUGACGGAUUGCAGAGAAAACUUAUCAGUCAAGAGGAAGAAUUCCGCUUGCAGAAUCAGACUUUGAUGACUGAGCUUGGAACACUUGUAGCAGCCAAUGAAAACUUAGAGAAAGAAGUUGAACGAUUGAAACAGCUAGAAAACACAGGAGAUGCUACUGGCCAGAAGGACUCUGAAAAAGAGGCUCAGUUACAAGAUCAACUUAGGCACAGUCAAGCCCAGAAUACAGCAUUGCAAAAGAACCUGACAGCUCUCCAAGAAAAACAUAACAUAGAGAAUCGGCAGCUUCAGGAGACUAUAGGGCAACUUGAGCUGAGAUGUGAACGUCUUUCGGGUCAAAGGCAAGACCCUGCAGGGGCUGAGCUUAGUCCAGAUAGAAGAGGAGAUGGUCAAGAUGAAGAGGAGGGGCUAGACAUAACUGAUAGUGUGUUACCAAGCAACAGUCAUGAUGUCACACAAGAAGAUUCAAAAGAAGAAACCUCUAUUAUAACAGAACCUAAAGAAGAUAAAGAAGACAUAACUAAACAGCUUAAUGAUUUGCAAUUACAACUUGAUAUUGAAAGAGAGGAAAGUAAACUGUUAAAAGAACAACUCCUUACUAGUCAGAAAACAUUAGAAGAUAAAUCAAAAUCUACAAUGGAAGAGAUUGAUAAGCUGCAAGAGAAAUUAAAAAAGAAACAAGAAAGUUUAGUGCAAUUACAGGAUGAAAAAGAAAACAUGUACAAAGAAUACAAUAAAAAUAUCUCAGACUUGCGUGAAUCCAAGGACAAUGAAAUUCAGAACAUGAUGGCCAUAUCAGCUCAACUAGAAGCUGAUCUAUCGCGAGGAAAUGAUGAGGUCACCAAGGCGAGAACUCAGGCUGAUGCAAGGAUAGCUCAGCUUGAACAAACUUUAGACCAAGUUCGGGCACAGAUGAGUGCCAGUCAUGCUGAGAAGGCAUCAGAACUAGGGCAGUUAGAACAACAAUACUCUCAACAGAUCAGCCAAUUAAGUGCAACUAUAUCAACUAUAGAGAAGCAGAGAGAUGAUGUGAAGACACAGUUGCAGGAAACGCAAGAGAAGUUGAACAAUACUUUACAGCGUCUUCAAGAGGCACAAUUGGACAGAGACAAACAGGUUGAAGCAUUUCAGGAAUCAAAUAAGCUUGCUGAGAAAAGGAAGGGCCUGUUGGAUGAACUAGCCAUCAAGUAUCAGAAAGACAGUGAAAAAUACAGAGAACAAACCAGGGAUGUGGACAAGAAGCACUUUGAUGCAGUUAGGGAAAUGGAAGAUAAAUUGGACAUUGAACAAAAACGAAAUGAGAGUCUAUCCAGUGAGUUGAAGACCAAGGGCUGUCAAUUAGAGUCUGUUCAAGAGAAGUUGGAGACUACUGAAAGUCAACUGAGGUCAACAGAGGAAGCUAAAGGCUGGCUGGAGAGGAGUCUUGAAGAGACUAAGACUGAGCUUUCAGAAGCUAGGGAAGAACACAGUAUUAAACUGGAAGAGAUUAGGACAAAACACCAGGAGGAAUUAGACACAAACACUAGAGAGCACAGCAAACAAAUCCAGGAACUAAAGGAGAACCUAGAAGGAAAGGAUGUCAAGUGUACUGAGCUGGAAGAUACAAUAACUCAACUGAAACAGGAAAUUAAAGAUCAAAUAGAUGAUAAAAAGAUACAUGAAAAGAAAGGGGCUUCCAUGACCAAGGACCUGAAGAGACAGAUUCAGAGUGAAAGAAAGAGGGCAGACAAGCUUCAGGAAAGACUCCAAGAGGCCCUGUCAGUAGACUCCAAGUCAAGACAAUCUGUAGAAGAAUUGCUCCAUCCAUCAGACUCUAUUGAGCGUUUCCAUGGUGAUGGUAGCUCUCUGUCAUCAUUUAGCAUGUCAUUGAGUGGAACGGGGCGGGACACAGGAGAAGCCAUCAACUCUCCGAUGUCUGAUCCUGGAGCGCCAUCUAUGUCUCUUGUCCAGGAGAACACAGACCUAUUGAACAGAUUGACCCAGAUGCAGCAGGAGAAAUGGGAGCUAGAAGAAAGGAUAAAUCACCUUGAGGAGAGCUCUGCAGGAAUGGCAGAUGAAUUACUGAAAAAACAGGCUCUGAUGCAACAUUACGCCAUGGAAACCAGAACAGAUCACAUUGCCUCACCUCAGACUGAGAAGAUGUCCAUAAAGCGUGUAUUAGACUUUGUUAAAGACAAGGGGGAAGAAAGCCAGAGAGAUCUCAAUAGAAAACUACAGAGAAUGUUAGAAGAAACACUCACUAAAAACAUGCACUUAGAAAAGAAUCUGGAGGACAUGUCCCAAGAAGUAGUUAGACUCAGCAAAAUGAACGUGGAAGUUGACGUUACUGAGAUGGCUCGCUGAUCUCUCCUCCUGGGUACUAGAGGUCCCACAAACCCCUGGGUCUUCAUCAGGAGAGGGCAUCCAGUUCCCAUGUUUCGACAUAUCCAUUCCAACAUAGCAGCUCAGGUUGAAAACCAGUGGUUAAACUACAAAGUGCAAAAAGGCAAAUGGCCUUCAGCUGAUCAGAGACAAAUCCUGUGCAUGUACACUGUACUCAGUAAAUAUUGUUAAAAGGAAUGCCUGUCUGAGGUGCACACUUAUCUAUGAAGAACAUU